AAUAUUUACCAAACCCACCGCAUCGAGCGCUGCGAUCUGCAGCUAACUUCAGUCGCUUGAAAUCAUUCGUGUUUUGCUUUUUUGCCUGCCUUUUCUAUUCCUUAAAAAUAUCAUGAAUAGAAUGGAAUCUAGGGAUGUGGACCCAAGGAUUUGUCGUAUUUGUGAGAGUAAAAAGUUCCUGGUCAAUCUCUUAGAGGAAGACAAUAUUCACUUACUUGGGAAGCUGAGAGAAAUCCAAGAUGUAAAGAAAAAGACUGACGUGGAAAACAUUGACGAACUGUUCCACUACAUAUGCCGAUCGUGCGAAAAUGCCCUGGAAGGAUUUUUCGUGUUCAAAAAUCGAGUCCAGAAGAUGUACAGGAAGUUGAUGCAUGCUGCACUAACUGGACGGAUAAAUCUUUCAGCAUGUGAUGAAGAACCUGAGGAAAUUACUGAUACUUCAUAUCCUUCAUAUAAAUUUGAUCAAAAACCAAAAGAUUUUAUUGCAAAACCACUUGACUAUGAAGAAGAUCGUGAUCCUUUGGAUGUUCCUAUCAGCAUGGAAAGUAAGAUUUUCGAUGAUAUAAAAAGGUCAGGAAUAAUCAAAACGGAGCCAGAAUUUAUUAUCAUGGAUUCGAAAUACACCUUGGAUUUUGUAGAUGAUGAAGACAAGGAUGUAACGUAUGAACCAGAUGAAAGUAGCUCCUCUGAUGAAAUUGAUUCCACGCCACUUCGAAAACGAAAGAAAUUGAGCCCUAAAAAGGAGCGAGGCAGCAAUAUCCCUAGCCUCUCCAGUCCUGGACCUAAGAAGAAGCCACAAGACAAGAAAACCAAAACUCCUGAAGAUGAAAAAUCCCCGAUAACCUUCAAAAAUUGCCCCAUUUGCCAUCGGAAAUUUUCUGUGGACCAAAAUCUUCAGAGUCACAUAAAGCUCCACAGUAAUUUGGCCUUCAGAUGUUUCUCCUGUCGGAGAGUUUACAACUCCCUGCUGAAUUGUGAGAUUCACGAACUCAGUCACAAAGCUGGUGAACCUGGAGUCGAAGAGAGAUUAAAGGAACUGAGGAUAAGAAGAUCUAAAGCACUGCUGCUAUGUCUCAAGAAUAAAGAAGCAGCAAAGAAAAGGGCCAGAACGUUCCAGGUAAAAAAUGUUUCCACAAAGGACACCAAAAAAGAAUGUAAAUUGUGUGGAAAAAAGUACAAAUUUCUGAAUCUUCAUGUGAAGUCGCAUUUGCAAAAAAAUCUCAGUUGCAUCUUUUGCUUCGAAAAAUUUCGAUCAAAGGGCAUUUUGAGAUUUCACAUGAGGCGAAAUCAUCCUCUGCUUCUUAUGGGUAGGAAAUAAUAUUCUUUGAAUAAAAACUGAGUUUAAGUUUGAAAAA